UGUUUUAUUUUUUCUUUAUAUCUGCAUAGAUUUUUGCCUUCCACUGCUGCCCGGAUAUUUACAUCCAUUUCAAGAUGUCCGCCGCGAUUGCUGCGCUUGCCUCGUAUGGUAGUGAUUCGGAACCCGAUUCUGACAUCGAGGCCCGAACCGAUGCCGACCCAGACGCUACUGCUCAUCUUCGGCCGCCUGCCGCCGGGGGCAACAUGAAGUUGGUUCUUCUCAACUCCGCGCCAGAUGUGGCCGUGAAGGAAGAUGUGGAGACUGGACUGCACAUUGAUCCUUCAGUUAAAGAAGUGAUGUAUAAUCCCAACUAUGAAACAAUGUUUUCUCCUGAGUUUGGCCCAAUAAAUCCUUUUAAGACUCAGCAAAUGGCCGCUCAUAGAAACAUGUUGUCUGGUUAUGCGGAACCCGCGCAUGUUAGUGACUUUAUGUUUGAGCAGCAGAGGAGAACAUUUUCUACAUUUGGAUAUGCACUAGAUCCAUCUAUUGAUAACAGUCAACCAGUCUCAACAACCUAUAUUGGUGCCAUAGAAAAAGCAGAAAAGAACAAAGGUCUGACUGUUUUUGAAACAGCAACAAAAAAGACUGAAAAGAGAAAGAAACUAAAAGGUGGAGAUGCUUCUGACAUUGAUGGUUUUCUGGGACCUUGGGCAAAGUAUAUAGAUGAAAAGGAGGUAGCAAAGCCAUCGGAAGAAGAACAAAAAGAGCUUGAUGAAAUCAAUGCAAAGCGACAAAAAAGAGGUAAACAUGAAGAGGAUGCUCCUGCAGAUGAGAAAACAAUUCUCCAUGUCAAAGAGAUGUAUGACUACCAAGGGAGAUCCUAUCUGCACAUUCCUCAAGAUGUUGGAGUUAAUUUGCGUUCCUCCAAUGUACCAGACAAGUGCUACCUUCCCAAGAAACAGAUCCACAUUUGGUCUGGUCAUACAAAGGGUGUUAGUGCAAUCCGGCUUUUCCCAGUUUCAGGACAUUUAUUGCUAUCCUGCUCGAUGGACUGUAAGAUUAAGCUCUGGGAAGUUUAUAAUGAACGAAGGUGUUUACGAACAUUUGUUGGUCAUAGCAAGGCUGUUCGCGACAUCUGUUUUAAUAAUGCAGGCACACAGUUCCUCAGUGCUGCUUAUGACAGAUACUUAAAGCUAUGGGACACAGAAACAGGGCAAUGCAUCUCAAGGUUUACAAACAGAAAAGUACCAUACUGUGUUAAAUUUAAUCCUGAUGAGGACAAGCAAAACCUUUUUGUUGCUGGAAUGUCUGAUAAGAAAAUUGUGCAGUGGGAUAUUCGAUCUGGUGAAGUGGUGCAGGAAUACGAUAGACACCUGGGGGCUGUCAACACCAUUACAUUUGUGGACGAAAAUCGGCGCUUUGUUAGUACGUCAGAUGACAAGAGUCUUCGUGUCUGGGAAUGGGACAUUCCAGUUGAUUUCAAAUACAUUGCAGAGCCAAGUAUGCAUUCCAUGCCAGCAGUGACGCUGUCUCCAAAUGGUAAAUGGUUAGCUUGUCAAUCUAUGGACAAUCAGAUUCUCAUAUUUGGUGCACAGAACAGAUUUCGAUUAAACAAGAAGAAAAUCUUCAAAGGUCACAUGGUUGCUGGCUAUGCAUGUCAAGUCGAUUUUUCACCGGAUAUGAGUUAUGUAGUUUCAGGAGAUGCCGAUGGGAAACUUAACAUUUGGGACUGGAAAACAACAAAACUUUAUCACCGAAUUAAAGCCCAUGACAAAGUGUGCAUUAGCGCCCUCUGGCAUCCCCAUGAAACUUCAAAGGUGAUCACUUGUGGCUGGGACGGCCAGAUCAAGCUUUGGGACUAACGGAUUUACUGAACCCGUUUUAUGGACAGCAUGAGGAGCUGGGGUUGGAGUCAGAAAUGCUCUGCCUUUGUUGGUGAAUGUUCAGACUCGAUCUCAUUAUGACGUGCCAGAGAAAUGUAAGGAGAAAAACUAUGGUGGGCGACCGUUGUAUUUUUUUUAAUUAAAAUGCUGAAAAGGAA